ACACACUCUUCCUUCCCUCAACACACUCUUCCUCGCCUCGACACAAUCUUCCUUGCCUCUGUACAGACAGAAUACUGAAUCGCACACCUCUCUCACUUGCAUGUCCUCCAGCUUCACGCCCACCGCCUCUCCCAUAAACACUUCCUUGUGACUGCGCCGAGGUCUCAGCCUGCCACUCUAUCUUUCAUUCUCACCCCCGCCAGCCGACCCGCAUCGGGUUGCGAGCCCUGGUUCAUCUCCACACCUACCGGGCCCAUCCCGCUGUGCAUCAUGCCCACAAUACCAGUUCUGGGGCCGGCCCUGCCCCCACCGUGUCUCCGAGGGACCUUGUACCUGUUCCAGCGGCAAGGCCUUGCUGAAAUGAUUGCCAUGAAACCCCAAGGCGGGGGGCUACUGGCCGACGAGAUGGGCCUCGGAAAGACGGCCACGGCCAUCGCGUACAUGCUCUACGAUCGAUACACGGCGUGCGAGCGAGGCAAGGUGCUCGUUGUCGCGCCGCCUACACUCAUCCACAACUGGCAGAGGGAGUUUGGAAAGUGGGUGUGGCCCGGGAGGCUCACGGUGGUCUAUGGCCAUGACAGCGCAGAGGGUGGGAAACCAGCGAGCGAGCUAACUCGGGAGGAUAUAGAACGGGCGGACGUGCUUGUGGUGGGCGACCAGGCCAUAACAGCGGAGUACAAAGUGAUUUGUCCCGAUGAGGACGGCGAAGUUGACCCCGGAGAGGAGGUGGGAUCGGACUCUGAAGAAGAAGAAGAAGAGGAGGAAGAGCAAGAAGAAGAGGAAGAAGAAGAAGAGGGACCCAAGAACGCGAAAAAGCCCCGAGAGCCACUCAUCCUGAGUACGGAAUGGGCGACGUAAGGACCGCACACGGAGGCGCUGGAACCAUGCUAACGGUCCUCUAGGCUGUUUGUCAACGAAGCUUCGCGAUUUGUGAACACGGCUACGAAGCGAUCCAAGUCGACUACAUA